AUGAAGGCGUGGAUUGUCCUACUGUUGGCGGUUUUGGCAUUCAUGGUGGAACCACGAUGCUGCAUCGCUGCCAAAGAAAAUGAACAGAAGCUCAAAAUUUACACGGUGAAAUUCACUACUAAGGGUGCUGACAGGACGUCGUAUCAGAUGUUUAUUAAAGAUCUGCAAAAUGCAUUGACAGUCCGUGCAGAUCGAAGUGGAGACAUACCAGUGUUGCCUCCCCGAUCUGCGGAACCUUCUGAUCCCCAACAAUAUCUUCUGGUCAAACUCUCAAAUGGAUACCAAACCGUCACAUUAGCCUUGGAUGUCAGUGACGUGUAUAUCUUGGGUUAUCAACCAGGUGGAAGUGGAAACUCCUACUUCUUUAGUAACGUUCCCAAUAACGUACGCAAUAUUUUGUUCCCAAACACUCAAAACCUGUCUCUUCCAUUUACUUGCAACUAUGGGGCACUUGAAACUGCUGCAGGAGCGUACAGAAGGGAAAUCCCUUUGGGAAUUGGUGAGCUGCGCCAACAUGUUGAUAACAUGAAUCAUAUGCAGCCUAGUUCUUAUCGUCGCCCCAUUGCAAGAGCCCUUAUAGUUUGUAUCCAGAUGAUCUCGGAAGCUGUGAGAUUGAGGAACAUCCAACAGGAACUGCUUACAAUUGCAGAGCCUCGUCAUGAUGGAACUUACAAUGUGUUUUUUCCAGAUGGUUUAGUGAUGGAGUAUGAAACUAGCUGGGAAGACAUAUCCACCGCCAUCCAAUCUGCAACAGAUGGAAUCUUCAGAACAGCAGUCCGUUUGGUAUAUGAUGGUCAAGAAUUAGUUUUGAGCACCGUGAGGCAAGUGAUUUUCACCAUUGCAAUAAUGCCGUUACGAUGCAGAAGAAACACAGGGGCUCUUCUGCAGAUUUUGCGCAUGCCAACAUCAACGUCGUCAUCUGGGUUUUCCCCUUUGUUGCCUGUGGGUACGAGGUCCACUGACCUGGAAGACAAUGACCGCACCUGUGAAAAAGAUCUAGCACCAACCUCGCAUAUUAUUGGUCUAGAUGGUUUUUGUGUUGAUGUAUACCAAGGAAGCUACCACAAUGGAAACAAAAUAGUUUUAUCAGAAUGUUUGAAGAAUCAGGCCGGUCAAUUGUGGACGCUGAAAACAGAUGAUAACACAAUUCGAUCCGGUGGAAAAUGCCUAACCACUUACGGAUACAGCCUAAAGGACUAUGUGAUGAUCUAUGAUUGCGAGACAGCUGUCCCUGAUGCUACCAAAUGGGAAAUCCGGAGAGAUGGAAACAUAAGAAAUCCCAAAUCGGGGCUAGUUUUAACGGCAAGUAGAUAUAGCUCAACCAUGAUUAAUCUGGUUGUAGAUCGCAAUAUUUAUAGUUCUACACAAGCUUGGUUUGUCAGCAAUAACACGAAACCAACAGUGACCACCAUUGUUGGUUACAAUGGUUUGUGCUUGCUUGCAAGUAGAAGUCGAGUGUGGUUAGAGAAGUGCGUGAAAAACGAUGAUGAACAACUUUGGGCUAUAUAUCCAGAUGGGACCAUCAGGCCUAAAAAGAACCGAAACGCGUGUCUCAAGUGUGCAUAUCCAGGAGGGUACUCAGUCACCGUAGGAACUUGCGAAGGAUGGGUAGAGGAACGAUGGCAAUUUCAAAGCGAUGGCACCGUUCUGCAUGUGGUGAAUGAACAGGUGAUGGAUGUGAAAGAUACUAGCUCCUCUCUUCCUGAGAUUACGGUCAAUGACUACAACUCUCAGCGCCUUAGCCAAAUUUGGUUUCAAGUGCAACCAUGA